AUGUCUAUAAGACGACUAUGGUGUUUAAUUGUUGUUCCAUCGUUAGUAGAAGAUAUUCAGAAAUAUGAAUAUGAACAACGAAAUAGAAUUAAUAGUGAACGAUCACAACGUGAUGAACAUUAUUUAUUAUUGAAAUCGCUGGUUCAUCAAGAUCAACUACACAUAACUUUCGAAGAUUCAGAGCAGGAAAAAUUGAAAAUUAAUUAUAGCAAUGCAACGAAACAAUUUCUGCGUCGCCUCCUAUCCGAAUUUCUCGGAACGUUGUUGCUGGUAUUGACCCAGGCUAGUUUGAAAAUUGAAAAACAGACAUUCUUCCUUCGAUUUCUAUUUGAAACACAGUCUGUACUUCAUAAUGGAACAAAUUCAAUUGAUCGGUCUUUCGUAUCCAUUAUUAAUGGAUUUCAAUGGGAAAUAUUUUUAACAUUUUGUCUUUUAUUCGUUAUUUUACAAACAGCGAAUCGAGGAGAAAUCAUAGGAUCACAAGCGGCACUUGCCGUUAGUGCUGUUAUCAUAUUCAAUGUGCUUGUUGGCUCGACAACAAGUUCGUCGUCAAUGAAUCCGUUUCGAACAUUGGGCCCGGCAUUGAUCAAUUCAAGUUCAGAUCACAAUCAAAGUUUGUGGAUUUAUAUUGUUGGGCCGCUGCUUGGUGGUCUCAUUGCAGUAAUUAUUGUUGGUCUUUUAAAUGGAUUUCGACCUGAGAAAGCAACCGAAUUGAAAAUGGCACAAGGUGGAGAUGACGACGAUGUAAAACUUAGAGCAAAUGACUGUAAUGACAAGAAUAUUCAUCAUUUCUAA